AUGGGGGAAACACCAUCCGUUGGUAGACCUGUUAGCACUAAGCCAAUUAAAAGUAUGACACUUCAAGAAAGGAUUGCAACCCAACAAAUGAAGAUUAUUUUCCAGGGGUUAGCAGGACUUCAAGCACUUAAGACAAUUCCAAACAAACAAGCACUUCGAGAAACAACUACAGAGUCUGUUUAUACUACUGAUAUCAUUGUUAAUGGUAUUAAAGAAGACAUCGUUGUGGCGGGGAGUAAGGUAGAUUUACCACCACAUCAAGACUAUUAUCCAUCAAACCAAGGGAGGAAGUCUGAUUAUAACAUCUAUGUGAUACUUAUUGAUUGCACCACAAAUAAAUUCCAAGAAGGUGACAUCUUUCAUCUCGUACAAUAUUAUUACAGUUUUAUUCCCGCGACUGAAGACCCGGACGAUACGCACUUUGGGGAAUGGGAAAGGUACCAUUUUUUGGUGCAAAAUUUGGUCGCACUUGUCUUUUAUAACACUGACAAAAAAAAUAAUCGGUACUUCCCAGAAAUUGUGAACAAUUUUAAUGAGUCGUGUCUCACAUUUGCUAUUGGAGAUAUUGACAAAGAAAGCAUUUGUGAUGUCAUACAGAAGACAAUUGCCGCGAAAAGAAGUGGGUUUGCAGGAAGAAGUUUUGGAGGAUAA